UCAUCAACAUAGCCAAAUACCCGAUGCCACGUGUGUGUAAGACGUGGCACUUGAGUUUCUUUGAUCUGAUUCAGGAUCCAAAAUUUUCAGAUUUGAAUGAAACAAACAAGCAAACACGACAAUUUCAUCGUUCAUCUUGCUCCAAACAGUGAUGGCAACAGGUACACAAGCCUACGGUGAAUCAUGGUACUGGGACAACCGUUACACAAACGAACCAGGUCCUUUUGAUUGGUACCAAAAGUAUAUCACUUUGGCUCCCAUCAUCAAUCUCUAUGUUCCUCCUAACCAAUCCAUCCUCGUUGUUGGUUCCGGCAAUUCAGCGUUUAGUGAAGGAAUGGUUGAUGAAGGUGGUUACACAGAUGUUGUCAACAUUGAUAUAUCUUCUGUGGUCAUUGAUGCUAUGCAGAAUAAAUACCGAAAUUGUCCUCAAUUGAAGUAUUUGAAAAUGGAUGUAAGAGACAUGAGUGCUUUUGAAUCAGAGACUUUUGGUUCUGUUAUCGACAAAGGGACUCUUGAUUCUCUCUUGUGUGGAAACAAUUCAAGACAAAAUGCUACUAAGAUGCUUGAGGAAAUUUGGAGGGUUCUCAAGGAUAAAGGAGUCUAUGUUCUGGUGACGUAUGGAGCUCCACUAUAUCGCCUACGUUUGCUACGCGAAUCAUGCUCGUGGACAAUUAAACUCCAUGUGAUAGAGAAACUUGCAUCAGAAGAAAAAUCUGAUAAUCCACUAUGGGAGCUGACAAAACCUAUCAUGCUUGAUUACGAUGGAAGCUCUGUGGAGGAAACUUUAGGAACGAAUCCCGAUGUUCAUUAUAUAUACAUUUGCACUAAGGAACUUUCUGGCAACGCAAACGUAAAAGUUUGAACGAAAAGUUUAACGAGGAAGGCAUGCAUUUCUAAUCCAUAAAUUUGUGUUAGCAGCUCUUUUACUCUAGUUGAUCCUAGAAUUUGUAAUGUCAAAACCAAAGUUUAAUGAUACUUUCUUUACAACAAUUUGUAUUAUGAUUUCCUCAGUAUUUAUGUGAUCUAAAGAGUAACAUUUCUGUAAUGCAGUUGUGAUUGUUCCCUUGUGUUUUAUACAUUCAAAAUGGCUAUUUUUUUAUUACAGGCAGUUACCGAAAUCUCAAACUAGUAGAGCCAAUUACAAUUUGCCAUUGGAAAUGAAUAUUGGACUGCCUUAGGAUUAGAACAUGGUUUAAUAUUUAAGACUAGAAUAAGGGCUUCAUUUUGUUUGAAAUGAUCCUGAGUAAUGAUAUGGGUUAAAAUUAAUGUGGUUGCCAAUCAUGGUACUCCUUUUCCCAAUUUACACAUUCAGGAGAACAAUUUCUGUUGAUAUGAGAUUAAUAAUAAGUAUUUAUCAUUGAAGCAAACCAAUUCCAAAGGGAGUAAGCAAGGGAACAUUCCAUGAAAAGAUGAGGGGAAGAUUCCAUGUUCUUACCGUUGGACAUGUUCUUACCGUUGGACAUGUGACUUCACACAAGAGGGA